AUGUUGAAUUCGAAGUACGUAAUAUUGAAUUUCCAUUACCUGCGGAGCUUUGUAAAGAAAGCAUUCUAUCCACAUCUGUCUCAGGACUAGCUCGUGUUUAGAUCCUAAAACAUUAUUUCGACUCUUGUACGAGAUAUCUGUUUCUCUUCAACUAAUUAAUUCGAAAUCAAAAUGUUACGCGUCACUUUUGUUCAGUACGGUCGGGUUGCAUUGUUCCACAACGAUAAUUUAGUUUAUAGCGAUGAAAAGCUUUCGUUUUUCAGUUUCACCAUGUCGAACCGAAAUAUGCGUAAAUUGUGCGGCGGGAACACGCUGCCGCCUCCCGAUGAUGACGACUCCGAUAAUGACUUCCAACCAAAGUGCGUCCAGAACUCCGUCAAAUCGAAAUACGAGGGGUUGGAGAUUAGCGACCAUUCCGAGCCUCAAUCUGAAAUGGAGCAGGAGUCCAGUGAUGCAGCAGUCCACGAAGAGAUUGUCCAGCCCUCAACUUCAUUCGAUAAUCCGCCCUCGACGUCAUCCGACAACCAGCCUGCAACCUCGUCGGGCAAUCAACCCUCAUCCAAAAAUAAAAAGAAUAAAGAAAAGAAGAGGUUAAAGAAAUUGAGGAAGAGUGGACAGGGCGUUGAAUUCAAACCCGGCAUGGACGAAAUAGAUCGUUCGGUUCUAGAAGUGAACGCUAUGUUCGGCGAACCGGAGCCAGCUAACGAGAAGCCCCCAGAGAAAAUGUCCGAUUUCAUGACCGUGCAAACGAAAUAUCUCAGUGCGGCCAACGAGUAUCGAAGGCUGUUCGGUCCCGACGAAGACGAAAGAAGAUACCAACCAGGUCACGGUGCGAAAUUGCGUCGUUCUGUAAUCGUUCCAUUCACAGAAGAUGCUUUCAAGAAUUAUAAGAACGGUCUCUCGAUGUCCAUUCUUGAACGCAAGGAAGAUAUAACGUACUUCGUAUUUAAUCACAAUGAUUAUUACCAGAAGAUGCAGCGAAUGUUUUUGUUCGUUUUACACAACCGAGUCGGCAACAUGUUUCUUCCAAUCGAUAGAGCGUCAAAAGAUAUGCACGUUGAUUUCAUGCUGGAGGUGUUGGAUAACUAUUUCCGCGUUGAAGAAUAUACAGGAGCCGCUACAAUAAUGAACAUCAUAAUAUCAUUCCUGCAAUACUGUUCUCAUCCACUGUUCGAUCUGACAGACUCACACGUCCGCCUCGAGUACAAAUAUGUUGAGAACAGGCCAUUCCACGUUGCAAUUCUGAAAUAUAUCUACAUGCUGACAAAUAAGGCAUGUCAUCGCACGGCCCUCGAGCUGGCCAAAGUAAUGCUGAACAUUGAUCCGUCUGACCCAUGCGGUGUGAUGCUCAUUGUGGAUGUCCUAGCCUUGCGUGCCCGGGAGCAUCUCUGGCUAGUCCAGGCCUACGAGGCGUGGGCUGUCGAGAAAGACGCGAGCAGCCUCUUCAACAUGCAGUACUCUUACCCGUUAGCGCUGUUCCACAUCGCUGUUAAACAUAAAGCUAAUUUAUAUCCAGAUCAAUUGCUAAAACAAGCCAUAAUGGGCUACCCGACCGUGAUGCUGAAGAUUCUCGAAAACUGCAACCAGCUCACUCCUCGCAUUUCCGAGCACCCGAUCUUCACUACUUUCGGAACGAUGACAACCGCAAACGAUCUUCAAGAGCUUAUCAAUUUCUAUGCCAAGAUGGCGUACGGGAAAUGGCGCGAACCGCCAGUGAUGGAUUGGCUGAUGACGGUUUUGAACGAAUUGCUUGAUGAAUACGAGACCCAGCCCCACAUUCAGGUUCGCUGCAGGAUCUUCUCCAAUGAGCGCAUGAACAUCUACAGAGGGUACCCGUUGCAAGUCAUCCGCCACUUGGCCAUCAUCUCGCCCCUAUGGAAGUUCAUCAUCGACGAGGAACCGCCUCGUAUGAUCCAAGGCGUCGCUUCGAAUCCAAUACCGCCCGUCGAGUCCAUCGAUCGCUAUGAAUACGAACAGACAGACAGACGAAUUUUCAACGGUACCCGUAGCAUUUGGUACAGCUUCUUCUCAUCAAUAAAUCCGAACCACAGAAUGUAUAAUGGAACUCGUCGGUCAGAAAGAAUGUGGACAGGACUAUUCGACGAUAUCAGUCCAUCAUAUCGCAGAACUUGCAUUGGGCACGAGCUCAAUCGGAAGCGACAAGCCGAAGAUCGUUAUCAGGAAUCUUUGCUUCGGGCUAUAUCAGUUACUCAUGAUAAUAAUUUAAACAAUUUCACGAAACUUCUGCUGAAAAUUUAUGCGAAAUUCGCAUCUCAAUGUGGACGAUCGGAACAAUCUUUAAGUAUCCGUCCACCUUACGUAGUUCCUCGGGAUCAAUUACCGUCUUUCAUUCAACGGUCAGUGGAAAUCGAACAAGCCGAAUUCCAUCCAAGUGGAACAGGAAAAGAACCGCAACCCGGUUCUGUUCCUGCACCAGGUCCAUCAUCUGUACCAAAAGUAAUAACCGACCCUGAACUCGGAACUGUAACUUUAACUUUGCCAGAAUCUAAUUUGAUCUUUAAUUCAUCUGAAGUAUUACGUGUCUCAUCAACUGAUUUGGUACCGGGGUCCUCAUCAGAAUCAGUAGUUGAGCCUGCUCAUGAAGUAGCACCUGGAUCGUCAUCUGAAAUUUUGCCAGAGUCACCACCGGAAUUUGUACCUGGGUUUUCAAAUGAAAUCGAACCUGGGUCUUCAUCGGAAGUGGUACCUGAAUUUACAUCCGAAAUUAUACCUGGCAAUACAAUUCAAUUCGCACUUGAGGUGUUACCAGAAGCAGUACCGGGGAUUUCAUCAGAAAAGCUACCAGGCAUUGAAAAUGAAAAUGUACCAUAUGCAACUGGCGUUGCAUCUAAUAUUGAAGACGAUUCUGACGAAGACAUCGAUUUUACUGCGGAAAAACCCGUAAUUAUCCGUGAACAAAAGACUUUAAUUGUUGAUGAGAUUAAGCCUUUCCAAAUUGACGGUUUUAGGCCAUUACACUUUGACCUUCUCCAUAGACCAGAUCAUACGGCUGAUUUUGAUCCUCGUCGAGAUAAUAUACUUUUCGGGAUAGAGGAGGAGCUAGAGGAACCUGAUCUCGGGCGUGAGCGAAUCGAUCGCAUUCAUAACUUGCUUGCGUUGGAAGAUCUGGAUGAUGAUUCUGAGGAUAGCGAUGAUGAAAUCGAUGAUGAUGAUGAAGACGAAGACGAUGACGAUGAUGAGGACGUAUCGGAGGUGCCUCAAGACCAGACUGAACAGGCAGAAGGACAAAACAACGAGGACCGCAACAAUCAAACUCAGCAGCUCGAAGAACAGGCACAAGCUAAUCAAGAACCUACUAAUAAGGAAGCAGACGCGAAUGAACAAAAAUCGGAAGCCGACAACGAAGCCAUAUUAUCCUUAUACCUGAGAAAUGUGUUAUGCCUCCAUGAAAAUGCUGCGACCGUUGUUUAUCACGUAUUUAUAAUGAUGUGCUAUGCAAUGCCCAUACUAGGGGCCGUGUUGGCUGAUAACUUCAUUGGGCGAUACAAGGUCAUAUUAUAUUUUUCAAUAAUAUAUUUAGUUGGAACAUUACUUACUUGUUGUUCUGCAAUACCACCGCUGAUGUUGCCACCUAUUGCAACAUCAAUGAUUGGUUUAGCUUUAAUUGCAACAGGAACUGGAGGUAUUAAACCAUGUGUUGCUGCUUUUGGUGGUGAUCAGUUCCGACUUCCCGAAGAGAAUCAACGCUUACAAAGGUUCUUCUCCACUUUCUACUGUACCGUGAACCUUGGCGGCUUUAUGGGAAUGAUUGUGACACCGGCUUUGCGUAAAAGCGUCAUGUGCUUCGGUGAUGACACGUGCUACGCCCUUGGCUUUGGUUUUCCAGCAUUCUUGGUUCUCGUUUCUAUAAUAAUAUUCGUGACCGGCAAGCCUUGGUACAGAAUGAAAGAGCCCAGAGACAAUGUUACAUUGAAAUUUGUUUCUUGCGCGUGGUAUGCAUUUACGAAGCGCAUUCGAAGCGAUAGUAAGGAACUUCCUCCUGUCGAUCAUUGGUUGGAUUACUCCAUAGAAAAGUACGGACCAAAGCUUGUGGCGGAUAUGAAAGUCGUAUUCGCUAUACUAUACCUGUAUCUGCCCGUACCAAUAUUUUGGUCCCUUUUUGAUCAACAGGGAUCCCGUUGGACGUUCCAAGCGUCAAGACUUCGAAGCGAAAUUUUUGGUAUAACACUAAUGCCCGACCAACUACAAGUGAUGAACCCGGCUAUGGUGCUAUUCAUGAUGCCGGUCUGUCCCGGGGGUGUCUGGCCUGUCUUCCCUAAUUUGCCACCUCUCCAUAAGAUGUUUAUCGGGGGUAUGUUGGCGGCUUUGGCUUUUGUGUCUGCGGGCAUACUGCAAAUAGGAAUCGAGCGAUCUACGUUACAAGUUCCUCAACAUCAUCACACCGGAUUGAUAUUGUUGAAUUCUUUGCCUUGCCCUGUACACGUGACUAUUCGAGGAGAGGGCGUAGCCUCCGUUGAGCAACAAGGGACCGCCCUGAUGAUGCCUCUGCAACACAGAGUACACACGCUCAUAGCAACCUGCCCCGCUAAUUGCGCGGGACGAGCUCUGAAAAGAUAUGUCGUUAAGGAGAAAUUGAGCACUGUGGCUGCCAUGUUUAUGCCGGUCGUGAUCGGGCAAAACUCUGACGAUCAAAUAGCAUUUUACUUUAUGGAUCCGAAUGUUUUUGCCAAGUCGUUGACAGGCAAACCCAAACUCAAGGUGGUGUAUAUUGGUAACACAGGCCCAAACAAAAACGUGUCGAUUGCUGUGGAAACUGAAAAACGUUUAAGCGAUAUAUAUUAUGUAUCAGAUGCGCCAGUCGAUCAAAUUGGCGAGUCAGCCUACAUGUGUCUGCAGCCUGGCAAAUUUAAAUGGCGUGCCUCGAGCGCUGGAGACGAAGUGUCCGGCUCUGGUGAGGGCUACCUCCGCGCCGGGGGAGUGUACGUGCUAUGUCUGCGGGAGAGGCUCGGUCGUCUCGACGCGGCCGUGCUUCACGCACCGAACCCCCCCAACGAACUCCAUCUUGCUUGGAUCGUGCCACAAUAUCUACUCGUAUCCGUAGCCGAAAUUAUGUUCGCCGUGUCUGGACUGGAAUUCUCCUUCACUCAGGCACCGAAGAGCAUGAAAACAAUAACAAUUGCCGCGUGGUACGUCUCGGUCGCUUUUGGAAACUUGAUCGUAAUCCUCGUGGCUCAGACCAAGAUUUUCGAGUCCAGGGCGACGGAGUUCUUCGUUUACGCUGCGGUGCUAGCUGUGGCCAUGCUUACAUUUUUGAAGAUGUCACGUGGUUUUCAAUUGCGGGGCGAUAAUGAAGACGGAUCUUCGACUGAGAGCCGCCCCCUUCUAAGGCACCGAUCAAGGGUAAUAUCCGUGCAUUCAUUGUCGACGGGAAGCACUCGCGUGUUUAGCCGAGGAUCUGAAAGCGUCGCGUCCUGUCUAGGAGUAAUGAAGCAAGCGCACUCUUCCCUCUGGCCUCAGCGGGCUCAUGUAAACCUAGCCACACCCACGUCCACGGAUCUAAACGUCACUACUUUAGCUAAAUAAUUAAUGUAUGUGAAGUAAUAAAUGUUUAUCCUUAA